GGUCAGUUACGGAGUUGGAGAAAAAAAAAAAAAGUUUUUGCAAAUCUCUCCUUCCUCGUCUCUGCCAAAUUUAUUCUCCGAUUCAAUUUUAGGGUUCCGGCAGAAGAAGGAAACCGCCGUUAAACCCUAAGUGCGUCGCCUUCAGUUAUCAAUCGCAAUCGUGUUCCCCCACCACUUCUCCUCGCGUCUCGAUCUGUCAGAAAACUGGACGAUAAAUCUAUGCCGUCGACGCCGCUGGCGAACGGUGGUACGCCUCCCCUCGGUGGUGGCGGAGAGAUGAGGGAGGUUACGGCUGUGACGAACGCGGUGGUUGAUGAUAAGCCUGGAGUGUCGAUGAUGGAGCAGUUGGUUCCUGAAAUUACGACUCACGCGCUUAGUUAUUUGGAUUAUCCAAGUCUUUGUCGCUUGUCUAUGACUAAUUCAUUGAUGAGGAAAGCUGCUAAUGAUGAUAAUGCUUGGAAAGCUCUUUAUCACAAGGAUUUUACUAUGGAACAAGAUGGUAUAACUCCAGUCAAUGGGUGGAAAGCUUACUAUGCAACUACUAGAGCUAUUAUUAGUGUGAAUACUGAAUUCUUCGGCAUCAUUAGAGACAGAGCGCUUCAAGCGAUGGCUCGAUUGUGGCUGAACUCGGACUAUGUCAAGUGUAUCCAUGCCUCAGGCGAACUCUUUUCUGGGUACAAUGAAGUGAUGCAAAGCUGGCAACUCUGUUUCAACUGGGAACAAGGGUUUGACUUUCAGGUCAACACUGUUCGCACUCGGAUACUAACGGACAUGGCUUGGGUCACCAUGAAAGCAUACCUGAACGUGGACGGUGGUCCGUUCCUGAUCACAAAUGUGUUCGAGUUCCAUAAUGGAAGGUGGCACAUGGUUCAUCAUCACAGCUCGGUGAUGCUCAUCGAUGAUCAACAAGUUGUUGUUCACUGAUGAUAAUAAAAAAAAUCUUUAGUUUUUUGGUUUCAUUUCCUUCUUUUUAUUUUCAAGUGGACAGAAAAUAAAGAAGAAAGAAAGAAACUGCAUAUUGGGAAUUGGCUUAUUAGAUUCAUCAGUGUUAUUAUUAUUUUUAGUUUUUAACUACAUGUAUGGGAUGUUUUUUUUUUUUCA